AUCAUCUCAAUGGCAAAAAGGACAUUACAGUUAACAUUGGCAAUAUUUAAGCCAGACAUCAUAUCACACCCCCAUGUAGUCCACAAUGUGAAGCACAUGAUGUUGAAUGAUGACUUCCUUUUUGUGCGUUCCAAGCGAAUGCACCUGACCAGAUCAAGGGUCCAGGACUUUUAUAAAGAACAUGAAGGACGAUUCUUUUACAAUCGCCUUGUGUCUUUUAUGUCAAGUGGUCCAAUAAGCACUCAUAUUUUAGCCAGAGAAAAUGCUAUUGUGCACUGGAGAAAACUUAUGGGGCCAACAAAAGUGUUCCGGACUAUGCAUGAUGAACCUGGCAGUAUAAGAGGACGAUAUGGCUUGACUGAUACUAGAAACUGUACACACGGUUCUGACUCCGAUCAAACAGCUGCUCGCGAAAUUGAGUUUUUCUUUCCCGAGUUUAACAUUAAAGACUGGUAUUCACAAUAUGAAAGUCAGUUCCUUCAGAGAGAUAGACUCUUCUUUGAUGAACAACAUGAUGUUCACCAAUAUUGUGAAGGAAACAGUGGUCAACAGACACAACAUCAACAAUUAUGAUAAAUGUAGACCAUGUUAAGGGUGUUAAAAAUAUAUUUGUUUUCUAGUAUA